UUACGGAUUUUUUCUGUGUCAGAUAUUGAAGUAGCAUAUUUGUUACUAUUCCUCCUGAGACUUUCAGGGGAGAAACGACCAAAUCAGAGAAGCAGAAGAUACCAGGAACUACCAGAGGGUUGUGGGAGCUCAGAUGAGACUUGUCCAAGGCAUUUCAGAAGACUUCUCAAGAGCUGACUUAUUUGAGUGCUGAAGAAGCUCUUGUUAGUACGCCUAGAGCAAAUGUAAAAAUUGUGCAGGGCAGUCUGCUGAUACGCGAACUUCCAGAGGUUGACGUGGUUAGGUCCAGCGGGUACUUAAGGUGUUUGAAUUUGCUCCUGAGAGCUAACUAGGAGCCAUCAGAAAAACCUACCUGUUUGGUGCCCUGUGACAAGGCCUCCAGAUCAUUAGCCAGUUGCCCUUGAAGGAAUUGGUGCCCAGCUCUCUAGGCAGCUCCUCCCAGACCGUCCGGCAAAGGCUGAAGUGAGUGAGCUACCGCCCCGGAAGUGACGCGCUGCCCCGCUGGCGGUGCGGAAGUGGAGAUGGCGGAGCUUUACGUGAAGCCGGGCAAUAAGGAACGCGGCUGGAACGACCCUCCGCAGUUCUCGUACGGGCUGCAGACGCAGACUGGUGGACCCAGACGCACGCCCCUUACUAAGAGGGUCGCAGCCCCGCAGGAUGGAUCCCCUAGAGCCCCAACUUCAGAAACUUCUGGACCUCUUCCAGUGGGUCAUCCACCUCCUUCAAGUAAGGAUUCCAGGCCUCCACCUAUGGGGACUUGUCCUGCUACUGGUGUGGAACCCCCAAGUUCCCCAGUCACCGAGUCUGAGGCUCUGAUGGAAGAUGUACUGAGACCUCUGGAACAGGCAUUGGAGGACUGCCGUGGCCACACAAGGAAGCAGGUAUAUGAUGACAUCAGCCGACGCCUGGCACUGCUUCAGGAACAGUGGGCUGGAGGAAAGCUGUCAAUACCUGUAAAGAAAAGGAUGGCGCUACUAGUGCAAGAACUUUCACACCACCAGUGGGAUGCAGCAGAUGACAUUCACCGCUCACUCAUGGUUGACCACGUGACUGAGGUCAGUCAGUGGAUGGUGGGAGUUAAAAGAUUAAUUGCAGAGAAGAAGAGUCUGUCUUCAGAAGAGGCCGAACAAGAGAAAUCUACAGUGGCAUCUGAGAACCAGUACCAGGCUUCCAACAGUCUUCCUAAUCUUGGGGGCUCCCCAGACUCACUCACAUGAUCUUCUGUGCCUUGGUGUGGAAGGCCUCUUCUCACGUGGCUCCCAUUACCACCAGGGAGACUAUCGGUCCUGUUGGGCCUGACCAAAGACCUACAUGGGCCACUGCGAGAUCACUUGUUACUCAUAAUAUGUACAUUUCAAUAAACAUCUCAAUGGUGGGAAGGAGGUAGGAAAGGUGA